GUCUGCUCUGAUGCCCAGGCUGGAGUGCAGUGGUGCGAUCAUAGCUCACUGCAGCCUCGAACUCCUGGGCUCAAGUAAUUUCCUGCCUGAGCCUCCGGAGUAGUUGGGACUACAGGCACACGCCACCACACCUGGCUAGUUUUUUAAUUUUUUGUAGAGACGGGGUCUCACUAUUUUGCCCAGGCUGGUGUCGAACUCCUGGUCUCAAGCAAUCCUCCCUUCUCAACCUCCCAAAGUGCGAGGAUUACAGGAGUCAGCCACCACGGUGCUCGGUCCUGCCCGAUUUCCCACUUUUGCGGAGAUCGAACCUCUUUCACCACCAUUUCAUUAAGGUGGACCUCAGCCCUGACUCAGGCUCAAAGGGAGGGAGGACAGGGCUCGGAGAGGGGAGGGGACUCAAUGGGAGGAGGGGGACUUCUGGGAGGGGAGAGCAGCUUAGCUAAAGGCAUGCAGGCUCACGGCCAGCGAUGGGAACUGGAGGGAGAGCUGGAGAGGAAUUUGAGCUUAGUUAGGCUUAAGGGCAUCUUUUGGGUACCUUUGCAGGCAGUCCCUGGCUUCUGGGCCCAGCAACUCCUGGGCUGGACAACCCCACCGCCCGGACUCAGGCUGGGCCUGUGCGACGUGUGUACGGGAGGGGCAGAGCAGCAGGUGCGCGGCUCCUGCAAACAGCCGCGGCCACGCCCACCCUGGUCCUCCCCGCCCCGCCGUUCCGGGGUAAUUGGCAGCGCCCCCAUCCCCACGCGGCACGUGCCGAAAGCGCCCAAAGUGGUGAGGAGAGAGAAGCCGUGUCAAAUUCUUUGGGAUUUGCACCCGAAGCCCCUGACGCAUCCCGUCCUCGGUUUUGCCCCGGAGAAUUCAUUCCCGAGCAGAGAGGGACAAGGACCGAGGGGCGGGGGCUGGGUCAGGUCCCGCCCUUCCUUGGCAACCCCCCUACCCCGGCGUUGUGGGCCGCGCAGGGCCAAGUCCUUCCUCCCAGGACGCUCGGUGAAGGUGGGAGGCAGGGGCCACGUCACUGUCCUUAGGCCCUGGAGAGCGCGGCUCCGCCCCUCCCGCCCCCACCGGAGCGCUGGGCACUUAGCUAAGACGCACCGGCCCCAGCCCAGGGCCAGCCCAGUCGCCGCCGCCCGCCCACAAAGCCACAGGCAGGUGCAGGCGCAGCUGCGGCGAGAGCGUGUGGAGCCGAGCCGUUAGCGCGCGCCGUCGGUGAGUCAGUCCGUCCGUCCGUCAGUCGGGGCGCCGCAGCUCCCGCCAGGCCCAGCGGCCCCGGCCCCUCGUCUCCCCGCACCCGGAGCCACCCGGUGGAGCGGGCCUUGCCGCGGCAGCCAUGUCCAUGGGCCUGGAGAUCACGGGCACCGCGCUGGCCGUGCUGGGCUGGCUGGGCACCAUCGUGUGCUGCGCGCUGCCCAUGUGGCGCGUGUCGGCCUUCAUCGGCAGCAACAUCAUCACGUCGCAGAACAUCUGGGAGGGCCUGUGGAUGAACUGCGUGGUGCAGAGCACCGGCCAGAUGCAGUGCAAGGUGUACGACUCGCUGCUGGCACUGCCGCAGGACCUUCAGGCUGCCCGCGCCCUCAUCGUGGUGGCCAUCCUGCUGGCCGCCUUCGGGCUGCUAGUGGCGCUGGUGGGCGCCCAGUGCACCAACUGCGUGCAGGACGACACGGCCAAGGCCAAGAUCACCAUCGUGGCGGGCGUGCUGUUCCUUCUCGCCGCCCUGCUCACCCUCGUGCCGGUGUCCUGGUCGGCCAACACCAUUAUCCGGGACUUCUACAACCCCGUGGUGCCCGAGGCGCAGAAGCGCGAGAUGGGCGCGGGCCUGUACGUGGGCUGGGCGGCCGCAGCGCUGCAGCUGCUGGGGGGCGCGCUGCUCUGCUGCUCGUGUCCCCCACGCGAGAAGAAGUACACGGCCACCAAGGUCGUCUACUCCGCGCCGCGCUCCACCGGCCCGGGAGCCAGCCUGGGCACAGGCUACGACCGCAAGGACUACGUCUAAGGGACAGACGCAGGGAGACCCCACCACCACCAACACCACCACCACCACCGCGAGCUGGAGCGCGCACCAGGCCAUCCAGCGUGCAGCCUUGCCUCGGAGGCCAGCCCACCCCCAAAAGCCAGGAAGCCCCCGCGCUGGACUGGGGCAGCUUCCCCAGCAGCCACCGCUUUGCGGGCCGGGCAGUCGACUUCGGGGCCCAGGGACCAACCUGCAUGGACUGUGAAACCUCACCCUUCUGGAGCACGGGGCCUGGGUGCCCGCCAAUACUUGACCACCCCGUCGAGCCCCAUCGGGUCGCUGCCCCCAUGCUCGCGCUGGGCAGGGACCGGCAGCCCUGGAAGGGGCACUUGAUAUUUUUCAAUAAAAGCCUUUCGUUUUGCA